ACCAACUGUGGACGUUUGUCUGAUUUUGAUUAACAACACGAAUGAGGGCACCCGAGCAAAAUGGACAAGUUAUAGUUUCUGGAGAGCAAAAUACAGUACAGCAUGCAACAACGUAAUCUGUUUAAAAAAGAUAGGUGUUUGAUGCAGACUAAAAUGUUAUUCUGCGCAUGAUGACGCGCAAAAGUACGUAUGUCUCCGCUUCACACCGCUAGCUAGCAGGAAGUAUGUUGAAUCCGAGGAGAAAAAAAUGACCGAAGAACCAAAGUCGGUUGUUGAUCUGAAAAAAAUAACAAGUCUCCUAAAUGAGAACGCAAAUGCUGCGGUUUUUGGAUUCGGCAUCAUUCUCUCUGGUGCAAAGAACGUCAUUAAACGGUGCUCUUCCAUUGCCUGCUCCGUGUCCAGAUCCUUCCGGUGCUGCCCUGACAAGGUGGCAUUGAAUGGCUGAAAGAAGACUUUCUUCAGCUCCGGGAAGAAAAUGGCUGACACCACAGAAUCCAAGAGCUAAGACUCUCUCUUUUCCCCUUGUCUGCUUUGUUGAUUAUCUUGAGACUUGAUUUCCCCUUCCUUAAAUGUAUACGCCUACUAUGGCAAUGCAUGAUAUGAGCCGUGUCAAGGGUUUCCCCUGUAAAGAGUGUGAUAUGGUUUGCCCCAGUACCCCUAGUCUGUUAGAACACAUGAAGGCUCACUACCAGCAAGAAGAGAAUGGCAGGUUUGAGUGUGAGCAAUGUGGCCGCAUCUACAAGCAUGCUGGCAGCCUGGCCAACCAUAAGAAAUCCCAUGAAGUGGGUUCCUUUCAGUGCCCAGUCUGCACCAGAACCCUGCCCAAUGCUGUGGCUCUGAAGAACCACCUCCGUAUCCACACACUAUCCCCAAGCAGUGCCCAGGCAGAGGAAGACGGUGGUGACGAAGGCGCUGAAGACGGACAUGAUGAGAGGAACUAUGGUCUUGCACAGGACCUGUCUGAUGGCUUUGCCCGCAGUCACCUGAACAACAGUGGAAUGGGUCAUGGUGUGAUGUCACAUGACCCAGAUGAUCAUAAGAAGUCACCUGUAACUGAUGAUGCCUGGGAUCGUCCAUUCAAGUGCGAUCAGUGUGAUAGGACCUACCGCCACCAUGGCAGCCUGGUUAAUCACAAGAAAUGUCACCAGGAGGGGGCGUUCAAGUGCACCGUCUGUUACAAGCAGUUCAACAACCUGGCUGCUCUCAACGGCCAUGAGCGAACCCACUCAAAGUUUAAGACUCCUGGAGCAUCGAUGGUUAACAACAACAUACAUGAUUCUGUGACUGAUCAGCGUCCGUCUGCUCCCCAAACCGAUGAUGCGUCUAACUGCUUCUGCCACCUGUGCCAGGUAGCUUUGCCCAACAAGAGUGACUUCCAGGAGCACAUCCUAUUGCAUAAUGCAGCCUCCUCUUCACUGGGUCUUGCCCGUAGUUUCCCUGGGAUAAUGCCGCACAAUCUCAGCGCUGUCCGCUCCCCAGCAUACACACCUGCCCUGGGUGACCCUCUGCCGCUUCCUCAUUUGCCAAAUGAUAAACGUGGACCCUUUGACCCAAUGCUUGGCCCUCCUGUCAAUAACCCCAUUUACACUUGUGCAUACUGUGGGGCUGGGCAUCCUGAUCUGGAGAGUCUCAAAGUUCAUUACCUGACCCAUGACCCCCACCCAGGCUCCCAUGGUCAGGAUGGUAUCCUGAGCACUGAUGGGAUUGGCUCGAACUCUAACCCAUCUCCAUCUGGAGAGAGAGCGCAAUCUUCUUCUGAUGAUGGUGAACGUCGUUUCAAGUGUCAGGAUUGUGGGAAAAGCUACCGCCAUGCUGGAAGCCUGGUCAACCACAAGCGCUCCCACCAGACUGGCCUCUACCAGUGCACCAUCUGCUGCAAGCAGUAUCCGCAUUUGGCUGCCUUGCAUAGCCACCUCCGCAGCCAUAAGGGAAGAACAUCCAACCAAACAUCCCUCAACACUGAAGGCGACUGGCUCUCCUCGGAACCCCUGACACUUGACUCUCAGAAUAGUUAUGUGCAGGAGGGGAGUGGCGCAACCACCCCCAUCUCCCUCCCUGGAAAUCUUGGUGACGCUGCUCACUUUGUACCUGAUGGUGGCCACAGCAGUGGUUUGGAUUCACUGGAGUUCCAUGAUCGAUUUGAUGGCUCCCUUGCCCAGAGCAACUCUGGGCACUCCCCUCUUCCCCAGAACCACCGCCAGGCUGAUAGACAUAUGUGCACUGACUGUGGAGAAAUGUAUGGGGACAUCUCUGGCAUCAAGUCUCACAUGUGCCCCCAACGGCGACAGAACCAGGGGAUGUCCAAUGGAUUCAUGGGGAACAUGAGUAGCUACAACAGUCCUGGAGGCGCUGCUCUCCCUUCAGGUGGAGGAAAUGUGAAAGAGAGCAAUGGACAGCGCUCUCAGUAUGGUUCUCAGUCCCAUGCCCAAGGAGGGGGGAAAAGGAUGAAUAAAGAAGAUGAAGAUGAUGGUGAAGUGUACCAGUGCUCAGUGUGUGGGAACCAUUAUGCCAGCCUCAGGGCCCUGAGGAGCCAUCUGCGCAGCCAUGCUAACAAUCCCACAGGGCCUGGGACUUCAGCGCUUUCUCCUAACGGUGAGGCAGAUUGGAGGAUUAUCUGCAGCACCUGUGGCCAGAGCUUCUCCAGAAAGCAAGACCUGUUGAACCACCAACUGAUUCAUGGGCCACAAAGGUCUGAUGCAGCAGCGCAGAGCAUGGGGGCCGAUCCUACAAAUACUAAUGGCAAAAUGGAUGGUGAUGGGAGGAAUCACAUUUGCGUUGACUGUGGCAUGUUCUUUGCUGAUCGCCAUCACCUGAUCACUCACCUGUGUCCUGGAAAGGGAAGAGGUGGAGUGCUGAGCAAAGAAGGAUUGAAUGGAGCUAAAGGGAUGACUGGCGGAGAUGGAGUUAGUGGCGGCGGAGUUGGAGGACCUGGAGGCAGUCGUGAUAUGGGAGGACAGGACCGUAGACAACAGAUGCCAGAUUCUGAGGAUCGACCCCACAAAUGUGACCAGUGUGGAAGGGGUUACAGGCACCCUUGCUCCCUGCUCAACCACAAGAAAUCUCACAAGACCGGAGUCUUCAGAUGCCUUGUCUGCCAGAAGCGCUACUACAACCUGCUGGCCCUUAAGAACCACCAGAGGACCCACUUUGAUUUAAAAAGCAAGGCUGCCGCUGGCACAGGGAGAAGCGGUCCCCAAGUGGCACCCGAUUCCGAAACGAUGGCUUUACUUGAAUGGCACAAGUGUGAGGAGUGUGGGAAGGCCUUCAAGAUCCAGAAGCAGCUGGAAAACCACCUUCGGCUCCAUGAAGAACACAGAGCAAAGGCUCACGCCCAGCUCGCAAAACUAGGCAAUGGGAGGUAUCAGGGAGGACCCUCUGGCAUGCAGGCCAUGAGAGGAGAAUCGUCCAAAUCCCAGAACCCUGGCAUGGGGGAAGUCAAGUAUGGACAACAACAACAAGGCUUCAAGCAACCCUACUCAGAGGCUGGUACUUCAAGGGCUCAGAAUUUUGAUCUACAAGAAGGGGGACGAAGACCCUUCGCCUGUGAUGAGUGCGGACGGAGCUAUCGUCAUGCAGGCAGCUUGGCCAAUCACAAGAAUCUUCACAAAAUUGGCGAGUAUCACUGCAAUGUCUGCAACUCCACUUACCCCAACCGCCUGGCCAUGAAAAACCAUCUGCGUCUUCAUUUUGCCCUCAAGAAGCACACUUGCCAGGAAUGUGGCAAAGGAUUCCGUACCCAAAAGCAGCUAACCACCCACCACUCUGCACAGCUCUGCAAGGGGGCUGCAGGAGCUGUUGCUCAAAUGGAUUACGAGUGUGAUGGGUGCUGCGAGGGUUUCGCUACUGCAGAUGAGCUGGCUGCACAUGACUGCCCUGCUCAGCAGCUCCCUUCGUCCUCGGCCUCCCUCAACAGCUCAAGCCUCAGCAUCGAUGGGGCUGAUCUUGUACCAGAUGAACGCCCCUACAGCUGUGACAUCUGCAACUGCUCUUACAAACAUGCCAGCAGCCUGCUGAACCACAAGCACACACACAAGACGGGCACUUUUACAUGCACCUACUGCGACAAGCCGUACUCCAACUACAUGGCGCUGCGCAACCACAUGCGCAUCCACACGCAGAAGAAGAGGCACAUCUGCCACCACUGCGGGAAAGCGUUCCGGCUAGCCAGAUUCCUCCGCAAUCACCAGAAGGUCCAUGAGGAGGGCCACACACGCUUUGGCUGCACCAGCUGCGGGAAGAGCUUCCAGGGGAGGUCAGGCUUGGCGAGGCACCGCUGCGGGGAGAACCAGGUAGGCAAGGAGGGCAGGAGGAUGGCCACUGCAAGCACGACAGGGGGAGAAGAGUGCCGGUACACAUGUGACCAGUGUGGCCGCUCCUACGCCCAUGCCAGCUCCCUUCUCAACCACAAAAACACCCACACCGUCGGCAUUUACCACUGUGCCGUGUGCCUCAAGACCUAUUCCAACCUCCUGGCCCUCAAGAACCACCGGCGCAUUCAUUCAGAGAUACGGCGUCACCGCUGCCCAGAAUGCGGCAAGGCUUUCCGCGUCUCCUCCCAGCUCAACAGCCACCGUCGCGUCCACCUAAAGGAGAGGGAGCUCACUUGUGGCCCUUGCCAGCGCAGCUUCCCCAGCCAGGCCAGCUUCCGGCUCCACCAGGAGAUCUCCCACGGCCAAGCCCCCAGGCCCCCCCAGCAGACACAGGCCAGGGCUGGGGGAGCCUCUUUGGGCACAUCCGGGGGCGGGAGCUCAGGCCUUAGCUGGGGCUCUGGCCUGGAUCUCACGUUGUUGCAGGCCCAAGGACUGGACCCCAAUGGACUACCCAAAAUUAACUCCCUGUCCUUCCAAGGCCCCAGUGGCAGCAGGAGCCGUGGGGCGACGGGGACCAAGUCGCACAUCUGCAACCAGUGCGGCCGCACCUACCUCCACGCCAGCUCCCUCCUUAACCACAAAAACAGUCACAAAACAGGCGCCUACUUCUGUAACUCCUGUCAGAAGGAGUUUCCCAACCUGAUGUCCCUCAAGAACCACCGGCGCAUUCACACUGAGCCCAAACGUUUCCAGUGCCCCGACUGUGGAAAGUCCUUCCGUGUGUCCACCCAGCUCAUCUGCCACAGGCGCAUCCACACCAAGGAAAAGCCCUUUUCCUGCCAGCAGUGCGACAAGCGCUUCUCCAGCAAGUCCAACCUGCGCCACCACCAGAAGGUGCACUGGAGCAGCUCAGCGCCCCCUACCAUGGCCAUGGGCGCUGCCAGCUUCUUGGGUCAUCCACCAAUUGGCGCAGGGAGACCACCCAAGUCGCAUGUCUGCGACCAGUGCGGCCGUGGUUACCGCCAUGCCGGAUCCCUCCAGAACCACAAGAACAUCCACAAGACAGGCGCCUAUUUCUGCAGCUCUUGUCAGAAGGAGUUCUCCAACCUGAUGGCUCUCAAGACCCAUCGGCGCAUCCACACUGAGGUCAAACGCCACCGGUGCUCAGAUUGUGGAAAGGCCUUCCGUGCGCCUAGCCAACUCAUCGUCCACCGGCGCAUUCACACCCAGGAGAAGCCCUUCUCCUGCCAGCAAUGCACCAAACGCUUCUCUAGCAAGUCCAACCUACGUCACCACAUGAAGUUGCAUUGGAGCGGCUCAGCGCCUUCCAGUUUCCUGGGUAAACCGGUAAUUGGUGGGGGGGCCAAGUCGCACGUCUGUGACCAGUGUGGCCGUGCCUAUCGCCACGCCAGCUCCCUCCUCAACCACAAGACCAUCCACAAGACUGGUGCUUAUUUCUGCACCUCCUGUCAAAAGGAGUUUCACAAUCUGAACGCCCUCAAGAACCACCAGCGCAUCCAUACGGAGACCAAGCGCUACGAGUGCCCGGAGUGCGGAAAGUCCUUCCGUGUGUCCACCCAGCUCAUAAUCCACCGGCGCAUCCACACCAAGGAGAAACCCUUCUCCUGCCAGCAGUGUGACAAGCGCUUCUCCAGCAAGUCCAACCUGCGCCACCACAUGAAGUUGCAUUGGGGCAGCUCAGCGCGCCCUGUGCGCACCAAUGUGUCUGUGGCUGCUACCAGUGCCACCCUCUUGGCUCUGCCUCAGACCCAUAUCUCUACAAAGUAUGGGUGGGGUUGGGGAAAGGGGAAGCAUUGAAAUACCAAGGUUCUGGAGGUGCCAAAACUUCUCUUCACCCUCCUUCACCACCAUCUCCCUCUUGUUAUAGACUGUGAUUUUCAAAGAGCAGGUUACGUGGUCUAGACACUCAAGGCCCUGCAUGCAACCCCAGACAAGGGGAAAAGUGGACUUGACAUGGACGAUAUCUACACUGGUUAGGACACGGGUUGCAAAAUCCUCAUCUAUCUGCCUUCAUCCCACCCAAUUAGUUAGCUGUGCUUGCUGCAUUCACUGGGUAGCCUUUGCUAGGGGACAACAACCCUUCCGCCUGCAAUGGUACACCAGGAUUACUGGUAAAAAGAAAAAAUUCAAUAUUAAGGUUUUGGGAUUGUUCCUUUUUGACUGCUACACAUCAUAACGUCCCAUCUGUUAAUCUUCAAUGAAGCCUUUGCUUGCAAAUAAGAAUUUGUGCUUAACUGACUUGCCUAGAUACAUUUUUAAAAAAAAACAUGUGCGGCUUUUGUUGUGUCAUACAGUAUUGAAGAGUAAAUAAUGGAUUUUAAACGUAUCCGCAAGAUGUUGGAUUAAAGAGUAGAUGUACUUUGACAUUUGACAUUGUAAAAAUGUAGUUUUAAUGGUGAAUGUAGUGGUUGGAGAUGUCACAUUUCUGUAAUAUAGAACUGACCUGAGGGUGUAUUGCUCUCUUGUGAGGUUCUAAUUGUUUACUAAUUUGUUUGUUUCUUGCAGCACGAAGAUGAGCUUCAAACCUUUAUUGUUCAGCAGAUGACGACAAUGCUCUUAAUGGGUUGCUACUUUCUGCCAUUUCUGUAUUCCUCCCAUUAUUUCAAAAUGGCUCUUGGCACCAAUAUUUUAAACACUACGCCUAAACCAGCAAGAGCGUAUAGAUGUCGUUGUCUUUUUUAACGGAUAAACGUAAAGAAAUGUAUAUUGUUAGGCCGCUGUCGGCAUUUGGUUUUUAUCAUGUAUCGUAAUUAUGACAGUAUUAUUAACAUUGCAGCUUUUAUAAAUCAUUAUAGUAUGCUUAUUUGUAGCAGCAUUUGUAACAGAAAUGCUAGUUUUAGGAUUUCUCAGUUUUGGAGAAGUGUGGUAACCACCCCUUGUCCUUACACAUACCCCUGACUAUUCCAUCAUGUAUGUAUAAUUGACAUGGAGUCAAUGAUGAAGGACUCAUUAAAUUGACAGUACUUCCUGAAGUUUCCUUUGUACAACAAACAGGGAGCUGCUAUGUGUGUUUUGUUUGCCGUAUGAAGUUUAAGGAAGAUUAAGGAUUAUUGUUGACAUGUUUGCCUUUUGAGUGAUGUCACUGUCUUCCCUCAACUCAGACUGGACACUUCUGUUUCACACACACACACACACACACACACAAAAGAAAAGAAACCACACUUACAAACAUAACUUGUAAAGGUUUAGCGCAUUUAUUAUGUUCAGUUUGUUACUCUUGUAUUGUAACCUUUGUAUUCAUUCAUUAGUGAGUAUUUCCUUAUACACUUGUGUUUUAUUCAACUAUUCAAAGCUCUGUGUACAUAUUUUACUGGGAGAACUGCUAGUAAGUGAAAUAAAGUCACAGUGAAUUGAUUUAGUAGUAAUGUGAUAAAACUAGACCACAUUUAUAUUUGAGUUAAACCUAUAAAAAAUAUAUAUAUACAAAAUGGACACUUUUGAACCUAAUUUAGAAAGAAUUGCUUUGAACAAGUAUUCAUUUCAAGUUCUUACUUUUUGUUUCAAGUAUAUAUGUAAUGUUUACUAUACACUUUUAUAAACUAUGUUUUGAUAAUUAAUUUCUUAACAAAACUUGUCCAUAUUAUUAUCCCUAAUGCUGAGUACUGAAAAUAAAUAGCUGGAAAAAUGUG